UCUUCCUUCUUCACAACUUUGCGGGCCUUCACUGAAGAUGCGCAGGAACCUGUUUACGAGGAAAACGCAGGAAGUUUGAGUCUGAGGGAAUCCGGUACGGGCUGAAAAUGCACAAGGAUACCAUUACUCAUCCGUCUGUUUUUGUCCGCGCCGGACCACUUUGUCCUGGAAAUAUGUUUGUCUCUGAAGGCUUUUAGGAUCCUGGGUGAAGCUCAAGAGUGAUAAAUGAACAUCACUUUCAGAAAGCGCAACUUAGAGAGGAUUCUGCUGAUCGACAGAGCUGUUGGAGGAGGACUCGGAUGAAAACAGUUUUGGUUUCAAUCAUAUUGUUUUUAUGUUGACGCAGACACAUAUUGCUUGCAUAUUGUGGAGUUAUAGUUUAAAGGUAGGCUGCAACUCGGUAAGAGGAGUGUCCUAAAUGGGCUGAUGAUGUUUAAUGUGAUAUAGACUUGACAACAAAAUAGAUGUUGUUUGAAACUAGGCUUUAGAAGAUUAUUUUAACUUUAGUCAAACUCUGCAGUAUUACAGUAGGCGGUGGUCAUAUGUUUCCAUGCAGUAUAAAGUAGACGGUGCCAAUCAAGGCAUUAUGUGCAUGUAGAGGUUAAAGGUUUGGGAGCCACUUGUGUUUCAACAUGUCAGUAAAAGGUGUUGCUAUUUACACUUUUCUAAGUGAAAACAAGGAGGAGAUCAACAUCCAGGAGAAUGAGGAAGUGGUUAUAUUUGACGAGAACUCUGUGGAUGGUUGGGUCUUGGGGGAAAACAGCCGAGGGGAGCGGGGUCUCUUCCCUAAAUCUUAUGUGAACAUCAUUCGCCCUCGCUCCGACUCCAACGUGACUGACUGCUCCAUAAGCCCGGCAGGCUCUUUAGGAAAUGACUCCCCCCAUCUACCAUCUACACCAAAUACAUCAAUUAAUUCGGGACAGAUUUAUGACGAAGACUACUACGACGACUGGGAUGACUGGGACGACAGAUCCACAGUGGUGGAUGAUGCUGAUCACAGUAACACUAGCACUACUGGAGCUAAUGGACAUAUCUUUCAGGCCCCACCGUCAAAUAAUCCCAACGUGCAUUACCGGAGCAAAUCAGUCUCCGGACAAGACAGCAUGGCCAGCGCCAGGAAGGGUAGCAUGGUGGGCAGAAACUUGAACAGAUUUUCCAGCUUUGUCCGCUCAGGGGUGGAAGCGUUUGUGCUUGGUGAUGUCCCCAUGAUGGCAAAGAUUGCAGAGUCGUAUACCAUUGAGAUGGGUUCACUGGGACCUCAAUGGAAGGCAAAUCCAAGGCCAUUCAUCUGCUCUAUUGAAGACCCAACCAAACAGACAAAGUUCAAAGGUAUCAAGACCUACAUAUCGUACCGAGUGACGCCGAGCCACAUAGGCCGGCCGGUUUACAGACGAUACAAACACUUUGACUGGUUGUACAACCGUUUGUUGCACAAGUUCACUGUGAUCUCUGUGCCUCACCUCCCUGAGAAGCAGGCCACUGGUCGGUUUGAGGAAGACUUCAUCGAGAAGCGUAAGAGGCGACUGAUACUGUGGAUGAACCACAUGACCAGCCACCCAGUCCUCUCGCAGUAUGAAGGCUUUGAGCACUUUCUGAUGUGUGCUGAUGAUAAGCAGUGGAAACUGGGUAAGAGGCGGGCAGAGAAGGACGAGAUGGUGGGAGCCCAUUUCAUGCUGACCCUUCAGAUCCCCAACGAGCACCAGGACCUUCAGGACGUCGAGGAGAGGGUCGACAACUUCAAGACCUUCGCCAAGAAAAUGGACGACAGUGUGAUGCAGCUCACGCACGUUGCCUCAGAGCUCGUGCGUAAGCACCUGGGCGGGUUCAGGAAGGAGUUCCAGCGACUUGGGAAUGCCUUCCAGUCUAUUAGCCAGGCUUUCACACUGGACCCACCCUACAGGUCAGAUGCCCUCAACAACGCCAUCUCCCACACUGGCCGCACCUAUGAAAACAUCGGAGAGAUGUUUGCAGAGCAACCUAAGUAUGACCUCUUCCAGAUGUUGGAUAAACUCUCGCUCUAUCAAGGCCUGCUCGCCAACUUCCCGGACAUUAUUCAUCUACAGAAAGGCGCCUUCGCCAAGGUGAAGGAGAGCCAGCGGAUGAGCGACGAGGGGAAGAUGGACCAGGACGAAGCGGACGGGAUAAGGAAACGCUGCCGGACUGUGGGCUUCGCCCUCCAAGCAGAAAUGAGCCACUUCCAUCAGCAGCGAGAGGUGGACUUCAAAGACAUGAUGCAAGCCUACCUCAGGGAGCAGAUAGCCUUUUACCAGCGUGUUGGCCAGCAACUGGAGCGCACCCUGCGCAUGUACGACACCCUUUGAACGCUCCAGACUCACUCCACAUGCCAAAACUUCAAGAAGCAAAGAAUGAAUUUUGACUCUUUUUUUUUUUUUUUUUUAUAUAUGUCAGGGUGCUUGGUAUAGACGGAAAAGAAGACCCGGUAGUUACUGAAGCGAUGCACAAAGCCAGUCAUUAAUUCACUCUGAUGGAUUCAAAGAAACGUCUUUAAAAAGACCUACUGUAUCUUUUAUAUCUAAAGUACACUUCAAAUAGGCAAAGUCAGUAUAUUUUAUAGAAUUUAAGUUGUUUAUGACAAUGAAAAUUAAAAGUACAGGUUAGACAUCGUACACAUUCAAAGUGGGGAUACACAUAAAUAAAGCCAUAAAGCGAGUGCUGUGCUUUUUUCUUCUUCUUCUCUUAAAGGGAUCCAUGAAUAGUUGUAUCAAUAGACUUUUAUUUCACAAGGAAAAACAAUACAGUAAAAAGUUGUAGAGUAUAGUUUUUUACAUCUGCUUAGUUCUUACAAAUUUAAAUAAAAUAUUGCACCGCAAUAAAUUACAUUACACCGCUAGCUCUGAACAGUAAUUUUUGUGCUAGAAAUAACGUUGGGUUCUGUUUCACCUUGAACUGAAGCGCGAUUAAAUAGAAGACAAUGGAGAAAUGACAAGAGGAAAUGAGGAGGAGCAAACAGAGGAAGAGGCGAGAUUUGGUCGAAAAUGAUUGUGUUUGCUGACAGUGUCUGAUUUUGCGUUGGCUUUUGCUCCUCUGCCAGGUAUACCGCAUGUUAAAAAUGGCGACCUCCGUAUAUAGAAAAUAUAAUAAAGAUGUACAAUUUUUUGAAGUAGUUAUGAGUUUCUAUGUGUUACAAACAACAACUUUUAGGUUAAUUAAAAAAUCAUAACAUAUUUUUCUAGCUAAAAUGCUCCAAGCUAGUCGUGGAUCCCUUUAAAACAAUCAUGGUGACUUCUUCAGGUUGUAUCUUAAAAUUAUUUUAAACCAAAAAGAUGAACAGCAUGUUUUUUUUUUUACAUCGGCAGUUAAAUGAUCUAGAUUUUUUGAUUUUUUUUUUCUGCUCAGUAAUGAGGAAUGUUACAUUAACUUUGCUGAGAGCACAUCCUGCUCAGGUCUUGGCUGCUUUAACUUUUCAUGUCAGCUGUUGCAAAAUCACAAACGUCUCCGUGCGUUGAGACUACUACAGUCGAUUUUAAGUAGUGAUCUUUCAGUUUGUGCCUUUGGGGAAACUUUGCUUUUUUUAAAAAAUAUUUUGUAAGUUUACCAUUUUCUUCUUGUGUACCGCAGGGGGGAAUUGUUGGUAUGAGCUUAGUGUGUCAGGACAAGUUUGCACAUGUCUUUUUCAUGGUCAUAGUCGUGGGUUUGUUUUACGUUGUGUGGCUGAAGUCUUAAGAUGAGUCAAAAGCUGUGCUUAACUCCCUGCUACAUAGCGGAGAAAAACAAAUGUAUAACUACAGUAUAUGUAGCAGCAAUUUGAAAUGAUGUCAUGGAAACAGUGUAGCGAGCGAAAGGGACACACACUGUCUUAUGUGCUGGAUGAAAGGAAUGGUAGCGCUCUCAUGUCUGUACAAUAAAGAGAUAUUACUAUA